UACAAACUUUAGUAACUCAGCUCAGCCAUUCUAACAAUGGAUAACGGUGGAUUUGAGAUGCAGGAAGAUGGGAUAGCAAAUUCGUCCCCACAACAAUUUCAGAAUAAAAAAAGGCAUCACUCAUUCGUGCAGGAUAAAAAAGGUUAUUUCUCUCUGCUGAGGAUAUUUCUGGUGUGCUUUCUGGCAUGCCUGAUUACCACUGCCAUUGGAGUGCUGAUUCUUUCCCUUGUUUAUUUGGGGCAUUUCAAUACUGAUACUAGUAAAGACACAAUGAAUCCUGAUGCUGAGAAAAGCCCAUCACAGGACAUAAAAAAUACUCAGUACAGUUUCAUGACUCAUCUUGGUAAAUCUAAGGUUUUUGAGUUCCAAGGAGGCGCUACCCAAUGGGCUCGGUUUAGGAAUAAUCCACAGGAUUAUUCUAAUGACAACGAACUGGAGUUUGGGACAAGUAUCAACAGUCGUCAGUCAAAAAUGACUGUGGGCACUUUACGUAUUGCAAGCAAUGGACUGAGAGUACCACACUGGCAUUUAAAUGCUAAUGAACAUGGUUUCCUAGUGCAGGGCAAAGCUUGGAUUGGAGUUGUUGAUGAUGGAGCCAACACUGUUGCUACCUAUAAUGUUACAGCUGGACAGGUCAUUUUCUUCCCCAAAAAUACUCUACACUGGGUGAAGAACGUGGGCAAAGAAGAUUGUCUAUUUAUUCUUUUCUUCACCACCCACGAGGAACUCAAAACUCUUGAUGUGGAUGACGCAUUUUUCUCGUUGCCAGAAGAUAUUGCUGCACGGUCGCUAAAGCCACAAGAUAAUGUUCAGUUUAUCAGAACCUUUCAGAAGCAAAAAGAGGAUCAAGAAAUAAAUCUCCCGGAAAACCUGGCAGAUCUGAUUCAGAAUGUCAGCUAUGUUCAGUCUGAAAACACAAGUGUCUGGAAGUAUUUUUAUGAUUUAAAAGGUUCUAAACAAUUCAUUUUCCCUGGAGGAAUAAUUCAGUGGGCCCGUUACCGUAAAAAUGGGGUUGGUUUAAAUGACAAUGAGAAAAUCUACAGUGAAUCUUUAAACACACAUGAAGAUGCUCUCACACUUGGAACAUUAAGGAUUUACAGCAAUGGUAUGAAACAACCUCAUUUUCAUUUUAACGCUCAUGAAAUUGGCUAUGUCAUCAGCGGAUGUGGGCAGAUUGGGAUUGCAGGCGAUAAGCCGAUUCCUGAGUUUUCCGUUGGUAUUGGUGAUGUCUUCUUCUUCCCGAUUGGAACACAGCACUACAUUAAAAGUACAUGUACGGAAGACUUAUAUAUGAUAAGUGCCUUCUGCACUGGGAAUCAGCUGCAAAGCCUUGAUAUGGACGAUUACUUUCAUGCCACAGCUGACCAUAUCCUUGCCCAGCUAUUCCUAAAGAAACAGGAAGAAUUUAAGAAGAUUCCCAGUUUUCCAAAUGAUCAAUCUUUGAAUCUACCAUAAGCCCAGCUACACAAUCAUCCAAAACCCACAUAGCCAGAAUUUAGCUCUUUUACCCCUGUUACAGAAGAAGAAGUUUCUGCCCUUAUACUAUCCUCUCACCUCACUACCUGUCCCCUCGACCCCAUCCCCCCACAGCUACUCCUCUCCCUCUCUUCUACCCUUACCCCUAUACUCACACACAUCUUCAACCUUUCCCUCAGCACUGGUAUAUUUCCCUUAUCUCUUAAACAUGCACUGGUCACACCUAUCCUCAAAAAACCCUCUCUCAAUCCAACCUCCCCAUCCAACUACCGCCCUAUUUCCCGUUUCCCUCUUGCCUCAAAGCUUCUUGAAAAGCUAGUAUAUGCACAUCUAUCCCAUUUCCUUACAUUAAACUCCCUCCUUGACCCACUGCAAUCUCCCCCCCCCCUACACUCCACAGAGACAGCAAUUGUUAAGGUUACUAACGACCAACUUACAGCAAAAUCCAAAGGCCACUUCUCUCUGCUUAUCCUCCUUUUUUCUGUCUGCAGCCUUUGAUACAGUCGGCUAACCUCUUUUGCUCCACACCCUCCAUUCCUUCUGCAUCUGCGACACUGCUCUCUUGUGGUUCUCUUCCUAUCGGUCUAACUGUACCUUUAGUGUAGACUUCUCUGGGGGAACCUUCUGCACCAUUACCUCUUUCUAUUGGGGUACCGCAAGGCUCUGUCCCCUUCUCUUCUCAAUCUACACGUCAUCAUUAGGUUCCUUAAUAAAGUCCCACAAGUUUCAUUAUCAUUUGUAUGCCAAGGACACCCAAAUCUACCUCUCUGCACCAGAACUAUCUCCUUCCUUGCUAAUCCGUGUCACUAACUGUCUCUCUCAUAUCUCAUCUAGCUCUUCAUCUGCUGCACCUCUCUACCAUUCCCUUCACUGGCUUGCUCUUGCCUCCAGGAUUAAACAUAAAAUUCUCACUCUGAUACAGAAAGCCUUCAACUGUACUGCUCCCCCUGCUCUCCUACUCUCCUCCUCUCUUGUUACCUCCCAACAUUCCCAUUUACAAGACAUUUACAGACUGGCUCCCAUCUUAUGGAACUUUCUACCUCACUCCACAAGACUCUCCCCUAGUUUUAAAAGCUUAAAGCACUUCCUGAAGACUCUACUAUUCAGGGACGCAUACAACCUACACUAACCUUCCUAUCUCCACUGCUAUCCCCUUAAACCCCAUAGCAUGUAAGCCUAUGAGCCCAGCUGUUUGUAGUUCACAUUCAUAAGAGCCUACUACAACAGUGCAACUAUUGGCAGGGCCCUCUACACUCUUGACCUCUACCCACUUGACCCCUGUAAAUGUUAUUUUGUAUACCACCUAUGUCAUAGUGCUGCUGAAUCUGUUGGCGCUCUACAAAUACCUAUAUUAGAAUAAUAAUAAUAAUAAUAAUAAUAUAAGUAAUCACUUGUUGAGUCUCUUUACCUCACUAUACUAGAACUGUCAGCAUUAUAAAUCCAUUAAACUGUAUCUGCCUUGUCAUUAGGGCCACAUAUAUACCUCAUUUUGUUUUAUAUGUUCUUGUUAUUUUAUAUAUAAUGCACAUAAUAACUUUUUGUAUUGUAAAUAAUAUCUAACAGAUUAUUGUUUGCAGAGGGGGCAGUUACUACCAGCCCUCUGCUUAGUAAUUUAUCUAACUACACAGGGAAACCUAUGAGCCUUAUAGAUCAGGCACAUUUAGUGAUCUUUGACUAGAAUCAAUCCGGCUACGAAAAGAUCUGAACAGCACGAGCGGCCACCUAUUUCCAUAUUCUGAUCCGAAUGCACAUCUCUAAUUAAAACUAUAUACAAAUUAUUUUUGUUAAUUAAAAAAUAAAUAUGGAGAAAUUAUUUUGUUUUUAGGAGAUAUUUUAUUAGCACCAUUUGAAAGCCACAAUUCAGUGUUAGUUCUGUAUUUGUAUUAUGAAAACCUUUUGUUGUGUUUUGUACUGUAGGAUUUAUUGAUUAUUGCAUAUGUUAAUGUAUGAUAUUUUUGUACAAUUUAUAUUAUAUAAAAGAGGACAUUUUGUAGAUUUGAUUCAAUUUGUACAUUAUAACCUGUUAUGAAUAAAUGAUCUAUGAGUUUCUGUUUGCCUAUACCUAA